AUGUUUCUCAAAGCCUGGAUCAAAGUUGUCGAUAACCAAACCGACAAGUCAUCCUGUGUGGAAUUCAAUUCCCAGCGGUCACCCAAAAUGCCAAAUAUUGGGAACAAUAGCUCUUCACAAACCUUGUCCCAGAAUGCACCUUCAAACUGUCCUCCAUUUUCAACCAGCGCAUCAAAUGUGAAUGCAAGAGCCUUCGAACGAACUUCCAAGUCUUCACCAUUCAUGACAAUAUCAUGGAACCCAAACAAAAGAGGGAACCACAAGUCAUCAGGCGUCAACUCAUCACCAUGCUGCUGUAAAGUUGUUGGGAUAGUUUGA